GGCCUGGGUGGGGUGUCAUUGUGAGGGAGGGGCACGCGUUUCACCGAGUAGAGAGCGAGUGAGAGGCCAACCGGCAGUCAGGGCCAUGGUGUCGUGGAUCAUCUCGAGGGCUGUGGUCCUUGUAUUUGGGACCUUGUAUCCUGCUUACUUUUCGUACAAAGCUGUAAAAACCAAAAACGUAAAGGAAUAUGUUCGUUGGAUGAUGUACUGGAUUGUUUUCGCCCUUUACACCGUACUUGAAGCUUUUGCAGAUCUCUUGGUAUCUUGGUUUCCCCUGUACUAUGAACUCAAAGUGGCAUUUGUUAUCUGGUUGCUAUCUCCGUACACUCGAGGUGCAAGUUUACUUUACAGAAAGUUUCUACAUCCUCUUCUCUCCUCACGUGAACGAGAUAUAGAUGAAUAUAUUAGUCAAGCCAAAGAUCGAAGCUAUGAUACUAUGGUGAAAUUUGGAAAGCAAGGGCUAAACUUAGCUGCAACUGCUGCUGUGUCCGCUGCAGUGAAGAGUCAAGGUGCAAUUACAGAGAGGCUGCGAAGCUUAAGUAUGCAUGAUUUAACAGCAAUACAAGGUGAUGAGCCAGUAGGACAUCGUUCCAUAACUAGUGCUGCAGAUACUAGAAUGAAGGUGAAACAUCUGCUGAAGGACGACGCUAACAGGCAUUUUGAUUUUGAUGACGAAAUGGAUGAUAAGGAGGUGGAACACGAUGGUGCUCAUUCAGACGAUGAAUUUGCCACACAAAAAUACCUCCGGCGAUCACAGAGCCUUAAGUUGAAACAAAGAGGUUAUCGUAAAGAGGCUCGGUAUGGAUCACUGAAACUGAGAGCUAAGAAGAGACCCCAAUGUAGUUACAUCACCACAGGAUAACGUGGAACAUUUUGUUAAACGUUUCUACUGAUUGUGACUUGACCUGAUUAUAUGCAGUUUAAUUUUUGUUGUAAAUACUUCAAUUUUCAAAAAAAAAACUGCAAAUUGGUGGUUCCUACAUAGACUCUUUUGUCCUCCUGAUUGAUCCCACUGAGUUGGCCCAACAAAUGAGGGCUGCGUUUAUUGUAGGAGUGCCCUGUGAUCAUUGAACUUGAAAUUAAUGCGCAUUGAAUAGCUACUUUUUAAGUUAUUAACCAGACAAGUAAUUAUAAUUCACAAACCUAACUUUUUGCCUAAAGUAUAAUACUUAACAAGGGAGAAUUGGGCAGCCAUGUAGUAAGUAGAUUGAUUAUUUUAAGGAGAAAAUGUGAAAUACUUGAAUCCAGUAAAUAGUUCCAGUUUUCGGAAGUACUGGAGUAGCUAAUGGAAAGCUUGACUUUGAGUUAUGUUUAAAACACUAAAGACAAAUAUUCCAAAAGCAUUUUUGUUGUGGAAAUGUGCAUCUAAUUCGAACCAUACUUGCAACAUUUCCAAUAAAGAUUUGCUAACUUUCUGGGUUAAUAUUUGGAAUUUUCAUAUUGUGAUAUGUGCAUGUAUAUUUCAGAUGCCAUGCUUCAAAAGUUAUGUAUAUUUAAAGUCAAAAUGCAAAAUACUUUGCAUUUUCAAAUGCAAAUAUGUUAAACACUAAUGGCAUGUUUUUAUAAUAUUUUUGUAAAGGUUAAUGGUGCUUUCACUUUAAAAUGGUUGGUAUAUGCUGCAAAUCCUUCAACUUUCUACAUUUUAAAUAUGGAAUAUACUGAUGUAAUUUCAGUAGCAAGUACCUGGGGAAACUGUGUGAGACCUUGAAUGUUGAGUGUUCUUUGGGAUUCUGCCAUUAAGAUAAAUGUUGGCAUUGUAGUAUAUGACUAUUUAUUUACCAGGUCCUCAAAUAACUGAAGUUGUUGGCUUUCUUUUGAUAUGUAGAAUGCAGCUGAGCUGCAAUAUAUGUACCAAUUUAGUGCAAAACGUGAAGCUUUUAUUGUAAUAAAUCUACUCCUGAUAUUAAAA